CAUUCAGGCUCUUAGACCCCCUUACUGUCUGGUCUCAUCCCAGUCUAGCCCCCAUGCUCCCUCCUAGCAGACGUCUGAGCACCAGGGAUCCAACCCAUACCCCUGCCCUUGCUGACCCCUCACCCUGGUAGUGGACAGCAGUGGAGUGACCACUAGGACUGCCAGUCUUAGAAGCGAGAUCCAUCUGAAGCUAGAAAGGGCUUUCCCAUCCCUCACUGUCAUUUUGUGGCUCUGGACACUGAGGCCCAGAGAGGAGAGAGGCUCAUUCCUUCCACCUUCCACCAGGGGAAAAAAAAGGAGAGAGAAACUGGAUCGGGUCUGGAGAGCCAUGAUGAGGCUCUUACAAACUCAAGGUCUUGGGUCCUGAGGCUGCUGGGAGACUAUGGGUACAACGGCCAGCACAGCCCAGCAGACGGUCUCUGCGAGUGCACCCUUUGAGGGCCUCCAGGAUGGUGGCACGAUGGGCAGUCGACACUCGCUCAGCAUAAACUCCUUCCAGACCACGAGCUUGCACAACAGUAAGGCCAAGUCUAUCAUCCCCAACAAGGUGGCCCCCGUCGUGAUCACGUACAACUGCAAGGAGGAGUUCCAGAUUCACGAUGAGCUUCUCAAGGCCCAUUACACGCUGGGCCGGCUCUCGGAUGCCACUCCUGAGCACUACCUGGUGCAGGGCCGCUACUUCUUGGUGCAGGAUGUUGCUGAGAAGAUGGAUGUGCUGGGCACUGUGCAGAGCUGUGGGGCCCCCAACUUCCGGCAGGCGCAGAGCAGGCACACUGUAUUUGGCAUGGGACAGCCCAGCCUCUCAGGAUUCAGGCGGGUCCUCCAGAAACUCCAGAAGGAUGGACACAGGGAGUGCAUCAUCUUCUGUGUGCGGGAGGAGCCCGUGCUGUUUCUGCGUGCUGGCGAGGACUUCGUGCCUUACACACCUCGAGACAAGGAGCAUCUGCAUGAGAACCUCCAGGGCCUCGGACCCGGGGUCCAGGCAGAGCGCUUGGAGCAGGCCAUCCGGAAGGAGAUUCACGACUUUGCCCAGCUGAGCAAGAAUACGUACUAUGUGUACCACAACACUGAGGACUUGCGGGGGGAGCCCCAUGCCGUGGCCAUCCAGGCCGAGGACGACGUACACGUGACCGAGGAGGUGUUCAAGCGGCCCCUCUUCCUGCAGCCCACCUACAGGUACCACCGCCUUCCCCUGCCGGAGCAAGGAGCCCCUCUGGAAGCCCAGUUUGAUGCCUUUGUCAGUGUCCUCCGGGAGACCCCCAGCCUGCUGCUGCUCCGAGACACCCACGGACCUCCCCCUGCUCUGCUCUUCAGCUGCCAGACAGGUGUGGGCAGGGCCACCCUGGGCAUGGUCCUGGGUACCCUCAUCCUAUUUCACCACAGUGGGACUGCCUUGAGGCCGGAAGUUGUCCCCAUGAAGACCCUUAAGCCACUACCCAUGGAGCAACUCCAGGUGGUUCAGAGCUUUCUCCACACUGUGCCCCAGGGGAGGAAGAUCGUAGAGGAGGUGGACAGAGCCAUCACCGCCUGUGCAGAGUUGCAUGACCUGAAGGAAGUAGUCUUGGAAAACCAGAGGAAGCUGGAAGGCAGCUGGCCAGAGUGCCCAGCCCAGAGAAGCGGCAGCCAGCACGGUGGCCGGCAGAGAGCGCUGCAGAGCCUGGAGCGGUACUUCUACCUGAUCCUGUUUAACUACUAUCUCCAUGAGCAGUACCCGCUGGCCUUUGCCCUCAGUUUCAGCCGCUGGCUAUGUGCCCAUCCUGAACUGUACCGCCUGCCUGUGACACUCAGCUCAGCGGGGCCUGUAGCCCCCGGGGACAUCAUUGCCAUGGGCUCCCUGGGGGCGGAUGACCUCGUCUCUCCGGACGCACUCAGCACCAUCAGAGAGAUGGACGUGGCCAACUUUCGGCGGGUGCCCCGUCUGCCCAUCUACGGCACGGCCCAGCCCAGUGCCAAGGCCCUGGGGAGUAUCCUGGCCUACCUGACCGACACCAAGAGGAAGCUGCGGCAGGUGGUGUGGGUCAGCCUGAGAGAGGAGGCUGUGCUGGAGUGUGAUGGGCGCACCCACAGCCUGCGGCAGCCUGGGCCCCCUGUGGCCCCUAGCCAGCUGGAGAACCUGGAGACCCAGCUGAAGGCCCAUCUGAAGGCCCCAGGUGCUGAGAUCUCGCAGACCCACAGGUUCCAGACGUGCCUCACCACGCAGGAGGUCUUCAGCCAGCACCGUGGGGCCUGCCCCGGCCUCACCUACCACCGCAUCCCCAUGCCAGACUUCUGCGCCCCCCGCGAGGAGGAUUUUGACCGGCUCCUGGAGGCCAUGCAGGCUGCCCUCGCCAAGGACCCGGGUACUGGCUUUGUGUUCAGCUGCCUCAGUGGCCAGGGCCGGACCACGACUGCCAUGGUGGUGGCUGUGCUUGCCUUCUGGCACAUCCAGGGCUUCCCCGAUGUGGGCGAGGAGGAGCUCGUGAGUGUGCCUGAUGCCAAGUUCACCAAGGGCGAGUUUGAGGUGGUGAUGAAGGUGGUGCAGCUGCUGCCUGAUGGGCACAGUGUGAAGAAGGAGGUGGACGCGGCGCUGGACACGGUCAGUGAGACCAUGACGCCCAUGCACUACCACCUGCGGGAGAUCAUCAUCUGCACCUACCGCCAGGCUAAAGCAGCCAGAUCGGAGCAGGAGGCCCGGAGGCUGCAGCUACGGAGCCUGCAGUACCUGGAGCGCUACGUCUACCUGGUGCUAUUCAACGCUUACCUCCACCUGGAGAAGGCUGGCUCCUGGCAGAGGCCGUUCAGCACCUGGAUGCGGGAGGUGGCAGCAAAGGCCGGCGUCUACGAGAUCCUCAACCAGCUGGGCUUCCCCGAGCUCGAGAGCGUGGAGGACCAGCCCUUCUCCCGGCUGCGCUGCCGGUGGCAGGAGCAGAGCCACAGCCCCGAGCCCUCCGCCGCAGGGGACUUCCUAUAGGAUGCGCCGCCUCCCGGGGGCUGGGGGUGCCCCGUGCUCUUCACUGGGAGUGGCCCUGAGAAACGAUUCCUCAGCUUCCCAGAGCGACUAGGGUGGGGUGGGGACCCUUUCUUUGAACGACUUUUUCUAGGACAGUUAGCUCACAGUGAUAUCUUGUAAAUGCAGGUGGGUGGACGGCCCGUAGGAAGGCCUGGUGUGGCAUCAACCUGGCAAGGAGCUCACUCCCCGGCAAGGAGCUCACUCUCUGAGUUGCCAAACAAAGCUCCACGCCACUCCUGCCCUCUCCUCUCCCCCUGAGCGGUCCCGACGGCCCCCGGCGCGGAGCAGCCCUGGCCAGUGCUGGUACCUUUCUCUCCUGCUGCUGCUCUCCCACUUGGCUUCUCCCCUUUUGCUCCCUGAGCACUGCCCUCAGGGCCCCUGGCUCCCCGGGGGAGUGGACUGCGCUUGGGGUGGAUCUGUUACCUUAGAGGCAGCUCUACCCAGUUCUCUUGCUUCUCAUGCCCCGUCUCCAGCCUGGAGACUUCGAGAAAAACAACCACGUGCCCAGUGGGUCCGGCAGAAGCCUUUACUUCUCCUUCCUUUGCCCUCUUCCCCUGGGCUGGCAGGACUGUGGAGGUUUCCAAGGAGCUGAGAACAAAAGGGAGUUCUUCUCAGGGGAAGAAGCUUCCAGAAGCUGCAUGCAGCCCUGUGGAAGAGGCUAGCUUGAUUUCCCUAGGAGUGUGGGUGAAGGGUCUGGGGCAGCACUUCCUGCCUCACCACCCACUGUGGCUGGUGCCCUCACCUGCUGUGACAGGAGCCCCAGGGACUACUGGGGACCCUGAGUGAGCAGUGGGAUGUGAGAGAGUGGGCCAAGGAUGGUGUGAGCAGGCACUUGGAUUCCAGGCCAUCUUUGCUGAGCAUCCUUGAGCUGCCUCCCAGUGGGAGCAGAAGGGGCCAAGCACUGCUGAGUUAGCAGCUGCAGGGACCAGCUUUGUGUAAACAAUGGGAAGGAUGCCCAGAGAGGCAGGAGAGGCAGGUGGUAUUGAGUUGAGUCUGCGGCUGUCUGUCUGGGGACUGGUGUCUGCCAAAACACAGGCUGAACAGUGUGUACGCUGUCCACCUGGCUUGGCUCAUUGGGGCCAGGGAUAUCUCUCUUGGUUGGACGCCUGCACUUGUGCAGAAAAGCAGGUGAUGUAUCACUGGUCGUGAUAUUUGAAAAGGGGAGAAGGGGCCAGAGUUGUUGACAUCUACCUAGUAUUGGAAAAUAUUUGACCAUCUUGGCUGAAUUAUUUUGCAAAUCUACUGUAUGUAUAUUCACUACCUUUUCAGAUUUGUUGUUGUUUUUGGUUUUAUUUCUGCAUGUAGUAAAAAGUUUUAAUUUCUUUGCAGACAAGGUCUAGAUGAGGGGUCAGAGAUCAGGGCUGAACUGGGAGGGAUCUUUCCUGUUCUCAUGGUUGGCCUGACUUUCAACUGUGCUGGGACUACUGGCCGGUCACUUCACCUCUCUGCCUCAGUUUCCCCAUCUGCAAAAUGGGAGAAUAAUACUUGCCUACCUACCUCACAGGGGUGUUGUGAGGAUUCAUUUGUGAUUUUUUUUUUUGUACAUAGCAUCUGAGCAUUAAAAACAGCUGAAAGUGAAGUGCGCCUAGCUGCUGGUGUCCUUAGUUUGGGGCAGGCGUUACAGAAGUGCUCUUUCAGAGUAAGGGUGGGAAGGCAGAGUGAACCGAGAGCACUUGCCCUUAGUGCACGUAAUUCUCAGAGAAGAUGGAGUUUUCCAGACAUCCUUUUCCUUCCUUCACAACCCUAAUCAUAUCUGACCAUCUCACUCUGGAUGCCCCGGGUUGUUAUGCUGAGCCCCUCCUUGAAGAAAACAAUAUAGCAGGCUAAUUCACACUAAAAUGCGAAGGACUGAUAUAUCUAGGGAAAUGGAGCAAAAUGGAAUUUCAAGGGUUAUGAAGGAGGGUGCACUUCAGUCUCUGCUUCCUUUUCUCAUCCCUGCAGCCUCCUUUUGGUCCUUUUAUGCCCCUCAAGGCUUAAACACAGAUGCACUGAGAAAUCUGUGUGUAAAGAGGCAGUAGGGAGAGUGAGGCAAAGAGAGUCCUGACUCUAGGCUUCUCCCUAAGCUUUCCCAGGAUGAUGAGGUUAAGACCCUCUGGGUUUUUCUAAGGUCAACUAGGGGUGGUCAGAAUGGAACCCAGAGCUCCUGCUGCAUUAGGGUUGGUGAUCUUGCCAGCCUGGGAGGUGAGGCCUCCUGGGGUUACUUUUCAUCACAGCAGAGUCUGAGGAUACUCCAUGUGGCUUCUGAAUAUGAGUGAAGCAGUGUGUACACCAGUGUGAGUGUGUCGGGUGGUUCUGCACUUCUCUGCCUGGGAUGAGCGCGUCUGGGUAGAGUACGUAGGAGUGGGUGGUAUGUCCAUGUGUGUCCACCCACCAAGUCCCCAGGCCUGCUCCAGCCUGUGGGAGGGCAUCUGGCAGUUACCUGGACAGUACUGGCUCACAUGUCAGUACCUCCUCUGGCCAACAGCAUCUGAAGUUUCUGACUAAAUGAGGGAGUUCGUGUCAAACUUGAGAACAAUCCCUGUUACAUAGUAAGUACACAGUCAGUUUUAACGAACUUUGCAAAGUCUCCAAGCCCUUUGGGGGUGCUCAGAUGUAGUCCCCCACUUCCCCACACCUCUGGCCACUGCCACGUGGGCGGCCCUGCUGCUUCCGGUGCCCUCCCCAGCUUCAGCUGGGACAAGGCCUUGUGUCUGUUCUUACUUGUAGCUAAGGAGUCUGACUAGGUCUCUUGGAUGAACUGUCACCCUGUCUUCCUGCUGUCCCUAGGGGACCUGGUGCCCUAGGCCCAUGGCCUCAGUAUGCCUGGCUUCCCCUUCUUAUAGUGUGUUCUCUCCCUGAGGCUCCCGGGUCUUCUGGUGUCCCACCACACCAGUUUGCCACCAUGCCCAGACUAGACUGGCCUUAGCAGGGUCCAGCUGGGACCUUGCCUGACUUAGGGAUAUACCUGUGUGUGGUAAUGAGCUCAUUCAGGGAUCCGCAUAUAAGCCUGGGGGUGCAAAGUGGAGAUACCUGCAUGUGGGCUGUGGGAAGAUUCAACAAGUAAAAACUGGUCUGUGUGCAGGAUAGCCCUGCCUUCCUGGAGCCUGCGGUAUUUCAGGGGAGAGACAGUGAAGCAGCCAUUCCUGCUGGGAGUGGCAGGAGCUGGGAUGGGGCAGGCUGCUGGUGGACAGGGCAGUGAGAUGGGGUUCACCACCAGAGUUCAGCCUGGGGCCCUGGCUUCUGUUGCUCUCUCGUUAGAAAGCUCCCAGGACCAGGAAACACCAAUGUCAUGGGCCCUGGGAACAGGGGGCUGAGGGGCAUGCUGUCUGGUGUCAGGGCACUGUGCCCGGCAGACCCUACAGCUCUGAUGGGCUGAUCAUUUCACAAUUCUAUGUACCAUCCCAUCCCAUGGCCGGGCUCCAGGAACUGGCCAUACUCCGUGGAAGGGGGACUUUAAGAGGACCUUUGAUUUCUGUCCUCAUCACAAGAACUAGUUUAGGAUGAGCUGGAAGAGUGACCUGUCCGCAGAUGUUGCCUGCCUGAUCCUUUCCUGCCAUGGCCAGUAGAGACCCCCAACUUCACUUGCAGAAUCAGCUCAGUCCUAUCUUUUCACUGGUUUUCUUUUUCAAAAAGCUGUUCAUCUUUUACUCACACGACUACGGCAUGAUGGUAUACCAUUUGUGAAAAUUCAACCAGUAUCUUUAUCCUUUCAGAUCCUGCUCCCACUCCCCGCACACUGGUUAUGGAAAGUCCACUUGUGACCGGAGCAGCCCAUUGGGUGUCCGGGCUUCUCUCCUGGCCACACUGUCCGUGGCCGUAGCAUCCCCGCCGGCUUCUCUGGCUUCCUAAUACUGUGUGAUGUACACACCUCUCUCUGCUCAGGCAGCAAGAAUGGCUUCAGCAUCUGUACCCUGGCAGUUGAGAUUGUGGGAAAGUCACUUUGCCUCUUGGAGUCUCCAUGUCCUCAACUGUAAAUGAGUAAACAACUUAUUUUGUAGGGUAGGGUCAGAGUUAAUGUCGUGAAUGUGCCUUCCACACCGCAGGUGUUCCUGCAGAAAUUGUCUUUGUUCUGCAGAGUUUAUCGUUAAUGAGAUCUGGAGCAGAGGGGUCCAGCUGAGGUGUCACCAAAGUAGUGACAUGGAGACAAGGCUCCCUGAAAGUCAGGGAAGCUUCGGUGAGGAAGGGAGUCAUGGCCGGGGGUCAGGCAGGUGGAUGCCUCUGGCUUUCGGGGAUACACAAGCCCUGUCCAUCUCCUGUCCUAGAGGAGCCAGUGUGAGAGGACCAAGUCACUCCUUAAUGUCCCAUGCAGCCAUUCUCUUAGGAAAAUGUUGACUUCUAUAACAACCAGAGCAGGUGUGGGGCAGCCUGGGGCAUGGGGUGGCGGGCAGCGGGCCAGGGAGAGGCCUUGGGAAGGGCUGACUUGCUGGUGUCCCCGGGGAAGUCAGCAGCGGGCUGUCCUCAGUGAGCUGCUGGGAGAGUGUUUCUGUACGUUUGUGGUGGUUAGAUUAGGGCAGACAACCCGGCUUCCAGAAAACCUCCCUGCCUUUGUGUAGCUCAGGACAGAGCAGGGGGUCAGGAAGCUCCAGGGUGACUUGAGUUCUAGAGUUUGCUGGGGGCUGGGGCCAGGCAUUGCCUUCCUGGGGUGGCUUCCCUGCUUGUUAAAUAGCAGGAUGGUCCUGGCCCUUCUUGAUGUGAGAUGGUCCAAGGGAAAAUGAGACAAAGCCAUUCUCCCUCUGCCCUUGGCCUAAAGGAGGCAGGACAGGACAUGUGCUAAGGUCUGGUGGCCACUUUCUGGGUGCCCAGUCCUGUGCUAUUCACUAUUGUAUUUACGUUUGGGUGGGAGUCCAGGAUUAUGCCAUUUACAGAGAAGGAAGCAAAGGUCAAAUAGGAGACAGGAGGUUUACUCAAACCAGGGGGAGCUUGGAAAACAAACAGAAGGAGAAAACAAAAACCAUGGACAGUCUCACAAGUCACAAAACCAUGUUCAACAUCUCAGUCUGUUUCCUUGUAGUUUUAGUCUCUGCGUAUACAUACAAUGUCUGUGCUAUGUCUUCUGUAUGAGCACAGUGCAUUCACGCAGGGCUUUAUGACACUAGGACCAGAAAGUUUUAUUAUCCUAGCUUUUCAUUUACCACAUUGUGAUAGUUCAUUUUAUGUGUUGACUUGACUGGGUCACAGGGUCCCUGGAUGUUUGGUUAAAAAUGAUUUUGGAUGUUUCUGUUAAGAUGCUUUUGAAUGAGAUUAACAUUUAAAUUGGUAGACUAAGCAAAACAGAUUGCUCUCUCAAAUGUGGGUGGGCCUCAGCCAAUCAGUUGGAGGCCUGAAUAGAAUAAUAGCCUGAUCCUUCCCUGGAUAAGAGAGAAUUCUCCUCCCUUGUGGCCUUGGAACUAGAACUGGGACAUCAGCUCUGUAGAUUUUGGACUUGCCAGCCUCCAUAAUUGCGUGAGCCAAUUUAUUAUAAGAAAUCAAUCACUUUCUCUCUAUAUGUAUUUAGAAACAUUUGUAUAUAUAUAAAAUCUUUCUCUAAUGUGUGUGUGUAUGUGUGUGUGUGUGUGUGUGUGUGUAUACACAUAUAUACACAUUACACUGUGACUGUAGCCUUUGAGAGAUUUUUGAGACUUUGUUGGAUAACAUUUCAUUGUGUGAAUACUUAAUACUUUCGAAAACCAAUAAACCAACUCUUUUAUUCUAGGGCACCUAGGUUA